AGCAGCCACGGAGCUGAACGCAGGGCCACCUCCACUCAGAGCGAACCACGCCCCGGGGGACAGGGGAGACCGUGACCCCCCACUCCCCCUAAAAGUGCCCAAAGUGCGGUUAUGGAAGGGGGAAUGGACUGUGAAGAGGAGUUUUAGUCAGGUUACACAUUGACGACAUGAAGUUUGGGAAGAGCAUCUGCGUGCUCAACGUAGGGGGAACCCGGUACGCCUUCACCCGUGAGGUGAUCAGGGAUUUCCCUCUCCGGCGCGUCAGUCGCCUGCAUGCCUGCGCAACCGAGAAAGAAGUCCUUGAACUGUGCGACGACUACGACCGGGACCGGAAUGAGUUUUUCUUCGACCGCCACGCGCAGGCUUUCGUGUUCAUCAUGCUGUACGUGCGCUCCGGUAAACUCCGCUUUGUCCCCGGAGUGUGUGAGCUCUCCUUCUACACAGAGAUGCUCUACUGGGGGCUGGAGAGCGCGCACUUGGACUCCUGCUGCCAGAAACGUCUGGAUGACAGGAUGUCCGAGAUCGGACUUGACAGUAUGUCUGAGGGGGACAUCAGAGUGUCGGGGGAUGAGUCUCAGAGCCCGGGCGAGUCGGUGCAGCGGAUUGCGCUCACUGGUCGCGCUAGAUGGCUUGAGAAGAUGCGCAAGGCAUUCGAGGAGCCCAACUCUUCGCUUGCGGCGCAGCUGUUGGCUUCAGUGUCCGUGAUCUUUGUAAUCGUUUCUAUGAUAAUGCUGUGUGCUAGCACCCUGCCGGACUGGGAUACAGCCAAGAGAAAUACUGUGGAGGAGCACAGGAUUGUAGAGGCAGUGUGUAUUGGUUGGUUUACAGCAGAGUGCAUAGUGCGCUUUCUGGUGGCCAGAGACAAGUGGGACUUCCUCCGCCGGCCACUGAACAUCAUCGAUGUGAUUGCCAUCACCCCCUACUAUGUCACCAUGGCAAUGGCCCGUGCAGGGAUGCCGAGCGCUGGGCUCGGGGUUGCUGGGGUGAUACUGCGGGUGCUGAGGAUGAUGCGAGUGUUCUGGCUCAUGAAGCUGGCCAGACACUUCCUGGGCCUGCAGACACUUGGGCUGACACUCACGCGCUGCUACCGGGAGAUGGUCAUGCUGAUGGUGUUUGUCUGCGUCGCCAUGGCGAUAUACAGCGCUCUGGCCCAGCUUCUGGAGCAUGGCUUGGACUUGGGCACGCAGAACCACGAUUACGCCAGCAUCCCGGCGGCCGCCUGGUGGGUCAUCAUCUCCAUGACGACGGUGGGGUACGGGGACGUGUACCCUGUGACAGUUGGAGGACGGGUGCUCGGGGGAAUGUGUGUAGUGAGUGGCAUUGUCCUCCUGGCACUGCCCAUCACAUUCAUCUACCAUAGCUUUGUGCAGUGCUACCAUGAACUCAAACUCCGCUCUGCCAGAUAUGCACGCAGCCUGUCAGCGGAGAUACUGCGAUAAACACACAUUCUCAUCAAACAUCCAUGGCCCUGCCUACACCAGACAGAAACUCAAAAAAACAGUGAAUCUGCUGAUCCCAUAGUGAUAUAAUUGAUCAGCACUGUGCCCUGCCCUCUUUCCUGCCUGAGCCACACCUGAUUUUAUUUGGCUUGUCUAGUUCCUGCUUGUUGUGUUGAUGAUCUCCAGUGAUCAUCUUCAACCAGCAUGCUCUGCACCUGUCUCCUUAACAACACAGUUUGCACAGAAGAAUAGGAACACACACAAAUAAUUAUUUAUUAAACACACACGGGCACAUUCAAUCCAGUUUUGACACUGGCUGCUGUUUACACUGUAUUCCCAUGGUGACAACAUUGGCAGAGAUGGCUGCUUUUUUUUGUACGCUGCUAGUGCUGUGUGUGUGUGUGUGUGUG